GACCCGCCCGCCCAGCCCUUCCGCCCCCUGCCCCGGUGGACCGUCUCCGUUUUAGUCUCCGCGGGCACUGGGCUGGUGAUGUGAGACCGGGCGGCGGUGGCAGCGGCGGUGGUGGCGGUGGCAGCGGUGGCAGCAGCCGGGACCAUGGCCCAGGUUCCCUCUCAGGAGAAAUCUAAACUUGUCAGCGAGACCCGGAGGAGGUUCGAAGCCGAGUAUUUGGCAGAUAAGUCAGAUAAAUAUGAUUCACGAGAUGUGGAAAAACUACAGCAGGAUGAUACUUGGGUUGAAAGUUUUUUGUGUUGGCGGCAUGAUGUGGUAGAUGAAACACUGAAGAUGAUUGAUGAAAGUUUUCAGUGGAGGAAAGAAUUUGCUGUCAAUGACCUGAGUGAAUCCACUCUUCCCAAAUGGCUAUUUGAGGUUGGUGCUGUAUAUCUACAUGGCUAUGACAAAGAGGGCAACAAAUUAUUCUGGUUCAGAGUGAAGUUUCAUACAAAAGACAAUAAAACGAUUUUGGACAAAAAGAAGCUUGUAGCCUUCUGGCUAGAACGUUAUGCCAAAAGAGAAAAUGGAAAGCCCUUAACAGUGAUGUUUGACAUGUCAGAAACUGGACUGAGUAACAUAGACAUGGAUAUUGUUCGAUUCAUCAUCAACUGCUUUAAGGUUUAUUAUCCUAAAUACCUCACAAAAAUUGUAGUCUUUGAUAUGCCAUGGAUAAUGAAUGCUGCUUUUAAAAUUGUGAAAGGCUGGCUUGGUCCAGAAGCAGUGAACAUGUUGAAGUUUACUGGUAAAAAUGAAGUGCAGGAGUACGUCAGCGUAGAAUACUUGCCCCCACACAUGGGUGGAACUGAUCCUUUCAAAUAUAGUUAUCCGCCACUAGUGGAUGAUGAUUUUCAAACCCCUUUGUGUGAAAAUGGACCUAUUACCAGCGAAGAUGAAACUGAAAGUAAAGAAGAUAUAGAAACAGAUAAUAAAGAAACUGGGGAAGCAAAUUCCAGUGAAGAACAAGUUGUCAUUCCCAGAAAGAUUAACCCAGUAGAACAAACUUCCAAAAUAGAAGAGUCUGAUAAAGUAGAUUCCAAGAUAAAAACUUUAAAGAAAUCGUUGAGCAUGUUUAAAGGAGUCCUAUUGCACAUCAGCCCUGCUGAAGAACUUUGUUUUGGAUCCAAAGAAUUUGGAGAGAAGAAGUGCUUAAUAGUACUCACAAAUGUAACAAGAAAUGUAGUUGCAUUUAAGGUAAGAACAACAGCUCCAGACAAAUAUAGAGUUAAGCCAAGUAAUACUUGCUGUGACCCUGGUUCAUCAUUAGAUGUAGUGGUGUCACUUCAUGGGGGUUUCACAAUUUCCCCUCAAGAUCGUUUUCUAAUAAUGGCUGCAGAAAUGGAACAGUCUUGUGGUACAGGGGCAGCAGAACUGGCACAGUUCUGGAAGGAUAUACCCAGAAGCAAAAUAAUGGAGCAUAGGUUAAGAUGCCACGUUGAUAGCAGUAAACCAUCUUCUCUUACAUUAAAAGAAAAUUCUUUUAACAUUCCAUCCAAAAGCAAUGAGGAUAUACAUUUACAACUCACCCGUUUACUAGACAUCAAUAGGAAACUUCAGGAUGAAGUUGAUCGUUGUCUCUGGUUUCAACAGCUGCUGUUUUAUUUAACUCUGCUCUUACUUGCUUUUGCCACUUCUUGCUUCUAUCUGCUAUAUAGUCAAGGGAGUAAUACUCUGUAAGAGACAUAGCUGGCUCUCCUAAUUGUCAUGAAGAGGAAUCAGACCUAAACUUUAUCCAGUUAGAAAAAAAAGUCAUGUAUGCAUAUGCUCCCUGGAGACCAAAGUACAGCUCUCUGAUAUUCUUUGCCAUUUAAGAAGUGAAUGACAAAGAGGAGCCAGUCUGUCAUGAAAACAGAAGAAUAUUAGAAUGAGGAUCUACAUUAAGAACACAGAAGAAGUUGACUAUAGUGACUAGUUACGAGUGAAAAUAAAACUAUGGGAUGUUAUUAUUCUGAAUAUAAAUUAUUUUUUUCCUUUUGGUUGGAGUAUUUAAAAAUAUGUCUUGUUUCAGUUUUAUCUUGUUCUUAUAAGCUGAACUGAAAAUGCAAGCAGAUGCUUUGUUGCAGCCAAAAGAUAUAAUCUGCCUUUUUUAUGGAACUGAACUACUGUAGUUGAGCCAAACGCAUUAGCUUUUCUAUACUAUGUAUAUAAAGGAAGUGUAUAUUGAGUAAGAAAACAUACUUAUGCAGAGUAAUUUAUGUAAUCAUGAUUUUGUAAUUUUGAGAACUACUAGCCAGUUAUCGUCAAUGUUCUUUCGGAAUGUAAAACUAUUUAUGCCAAACUACAUUCAGUCUUUGUUUCCUAUCAGUAUUCCUUGACAACCUGCCUUCUAUGAGUUUAGGUCUUUUUGACUAAUACUUUGAUUUAGAUAUAAUCAGUUUAAAACUAACAACUUUGCUUUUGUGGCUUUUACUUUGAAAUUUUUCAUAAUAUCAUAUUUUCCCAGAAAAUAUUUUUUUUAAGCAACUCUUGUUCACUUUUUUAAAAGGAAUUACCAUGACACAUGUAGACAAAACUUGUUUAUGGGGGAAAAUCUGUUUUACCCAUACUCAGCCUUUUUUAAUUUUUUUUGUCUCUUACGAAGGCCUGACUAGCCAUUUGUAAUCCUGAAGUUACACUACCAUCAAAAUUCCCCGUUUCCCCCAAAUAGAGGAGGCUCUUGAUUUCCUGUGGAAGUCAUUCAUUCAGAAAGGUUUUUUUGAAAGCUUUUGUUUGAGAAAUAUAAUGAUAUUAAUUCAUAUACAUUCCUGGCUGAAAACAGUUUGCAUUAAAGAGAACUUAGGAAAUAUGGGUAUCUCUAAGAGUACUGUGAUAUGAGACUGUCAACUCUGUUUAGAAGAGGAGGAAGAGCCUGGAUAAGACCAUGAGAUUUUUUAUGCAUAAUUAUUUGACUUGUUUGGUGUUCUGCCUUGGUACUGGAAUUAUUGAAUAAUUAAGAUCAGAGGUUUGAUUUGAUGUUCAUUUCAAUGUUCAGCUCACAGUCCCAACUAUGUAUGAGAGAACAAAUAUACUUGUAAUAUAAAUCUUGAGAUUUGAUCAAGGGUUUUUUUUGUUGUUUGGUUGGUUGGUUGUUUUACUCUGCUAUAGGUGUGACCAUCUGUCUUUAGGGAUUGGCUCUAUAGAAAUUGAUUUAUAAAUAUUAGUAGAUUAGAGAUUCCUCAGAUUGGUGGUCUAGGCAUUAAAACAUUAAAAGGACACUGGUGUGAUAUUUUUUCCUUAAUUUAGUUUUUCUAUUUCAGUUUAUGAACUCCAGAUGUGAAAGUGACUACUCUCCACCCUACUAAGUACUUUUGAUUUUCUGUCAGUGUAUGUGCAUGGUGGGUUUUUUAUGUGUGCUGCAUUAUUGGUUUUAAAUAAUCAAGUUCCAAGUAUGUGUAUUUUUGUUCCUGCCAACUUAAGAAAUCGUCAGCUCAUCUUUGAAAAUUAUUUGUCCUAACAGUGUCCCCCUUUAAUGUUUCAAGAUGCAGUAAUGUUAACUGUUCUUGCUUGAAGUUUGAUCAAUCUCUCAUUAUUGGAUUCACUGGUAUAAAGGUGUUAAUGUUGAUGUGCUGAUUAAUUGUAAGUAAGCAGAAUUACUGAAAAUAUGCUAUAAAAAUCAAAAGCUUCAAUACACUUACCUUUCAUACUUAAUCUUAUAUCUAUUAUGUGUUUGAUUUCAUCUGAUCUCAAGUGUCGUAUAUGUACUGUCGUUUUUUUGGUUCUAUACAAUUUGUCUUCUAAGUGCUUUUAUAUUCAAAAUUGUCAUUAAUUGUUCAUGAACCGAUUAUUGAGGUCCAACAUUUAAAUGUUUUAAACCAGUUUUCAUUUUGAAAGCUAAAAAAAACCAUUUGUCAUGGAAUUGAUUAGCAAGUAGCCUAGAAUUGUGGUAACUGAUGAACCUAGCCUCAAUUUCAUAAUACAAUAACUUUUCAAAUUUUGCCACUAAUUUUGACUGAAUUUAAUAGCACUUUAUUGUACAAUUGCAAGAAAUAUAUUCUUAGAAUUGUUGCCAGUGUAAUUAUUCUAAUGUUCUGGUGCUUUCAUAUAUUUUCAGUAUUUUUAUUACUAUAUUGGUAUUUUCUUUGUAUAAUUGAUCAAAAGAACAUGUUUUCUAUUUUAAUAUGUUUUAGAGGGAUAACUACAUUUAUGAAAUAAAUAUCAUUAAGAAAACUUA